AUGGGUCUCAGUUUCCGAGGGCUGACCUCUUCGGCGCUCGUCGCGAAUAAUUCUGCCGCCGCAGACGCUGCCACGGAACAUGUUUCCCAUGUCCCUGCUUCCGUUGCAGAGCAUACCAGCCUCGAUAUGUCCCGACGCGACGAGAAGCUCGGCGCACCCAGAAACCCUGCGACCACAGACUCGGACGAAGAGUUGACCAAGAUUGACACCACUGCCGAGAAGGGCGUCCAGAAUGUGCAGGCCAUGACCUAUGUCUGGUCGCGGAAAGACCUAAUCUUGGCCUAUAUCGCGAUGUGGCUGAUUGCUUUCGUCCUGGCGUUCGCAUCUGGCUGUGUGAAUACCCUGACGCCAUACGUCACCAGCGCCUUCCAAGAACACUCGCUCACUGCUCUGACCGGCGUCAUCUCCUCCAUCAUUGCCGGCAUCUGGAAGCUGCCGUACGCAAAGAUCAUGAACAUCUGGGGCAGGCCACAGGCCCUUUGCAUUGGCGUCGCUGCAACAACCCUUGGUCUCAUCAUGAUGGCUGGCUGCAAUAAUGUGAAGACCUACUGCGCUGCGCAAGUCUUCUACUAUCUCGGCUACAACAGUAUCGACUUCUCCAUAACAGUCUUCAUCGCCGAUACUUCCAAGCUGAAGAACCGGGGCUUCUUCAUCGGCUACGCCGCUUCGCCAUGGCUCAUCACAACCUGGGUAUACGGCUACGCCGUUGACAGCAUCGUAGCCCCAGACGGGAUGGGCUUCAGAUGGGGCUUCGGCGUGUUCACCAUUGUCGUCCCUAUUGUGUGCGCACCGCUCAUCGCGCUGUUCUUCCUCAACGAGGCGAAGGCGCGGAAGCAAGGUCUUAUCGAACCUCAGCCUGACAGCGGCACUUUGUCUCAGAAGGCUCUCUAUUAUGCGAAGGAGUUCGAUGCCGUUGGCCUUCUUGUCCUUGCUACCGGCCUCGCAUUAUUCCUGUUGAGCUUCAACAUCUACUCCUACCAAGCCAACGAAUGGAGGUCGCCACUUAUCAUCUGUUUCAUCAUCUUCGGCGGCCUUCUCAUUGUUGCCUUCGGUCUCUGGGAGAAGUACCUGGCGCCCGUCACCUUCGUGCCCUGGCAUCUCCUCAAGAACCGUACCGUCAUCUUCACCUAUACCAUGGCUGCCUCCCUAUAUACCGGCUGGUACAUCUGGGAUAGCUACUUCUACUCCUUGCUCAUUGUCCUCUUCAACCAGAGCGUGGUACAUGCGACAUACAUUUCCAACAUCUAUACCAUGGGUAGCUGUUUCAUCUGCCUGGUCUAUGGGGUCGCUCUCCGCUAUUAUGGUCGGCUGAAAUGGUACUCGCUGUUCUGGGGCGUCCCACUCACCAUCCUCGGCGUUGGGCUUAUGAUCAAGUUCCGGCAACCUGACGUCGACAUUGGAUACAUUGUCAUGUGCCAGCUCUUUAUCGCGCUAGGUGGCGGUGUUCUUGUUACUUCGGAGCAGACGACACUCAUGGCUGUCUCCAAGCAACAAGAUUUCCCAGCCCUACUCGCCUGCGAGUCAAUGGUCAUUGCAAUCGGAAGCGCCGUAGGCUCUACGAUAGCAGGCGCUAUUUGGACGGGUGUGUUCCCUGCGCGACUCAAGGCGAAUCUCCCAGCAAGCGCGAUGGACAACUUCGCCUUGAUCUACGGGCAGCUGACCACGCAGAGCAGCUAUCCUUGGGGCAGUCCGACUCGAGAUGCUAUCAAUCUGAGCUAUGCGCAGACGCAGCGGUAUAUGCUCAUCGCAGCGACGUGCAUUUACAGCAUUACGCUGGUGAGCGUCGCGCUGUGGAAAGACGUUGAUGUAAGGAAGCAGAAGCAGAGGACUUUCGGACUUUUAUAA